GGUCCAGCCUGUAUGACAGUCAACAUGACCAUUUCUAAUACUAAGGGUGAGCGAGCCUCAAAAGCCAGGGCGGAAACGCCAACCGGAAAAGGCGGAGCUCUUCUGCUCGUCCUCGGAUGUGGCGGCCGCCUGCCCCGGAAGUAGUGUUGCCUUAGCCACUCGCCUUCCGGGCCAACGCGUCCGUCGUUGCAGCAGCUGUGGGAAGGGGAGGCCAUUUUCCGUAUCUGGAAAGAGUCUGGGUAAGGGGCGGGGGAAGAAAGGAGAGAGGGAAAGAGAGAAAGUAAAAAAAAAAAAAAGAAGAAGAAGAAGAAGAAGAAGGGCUCGGCGGUUGUGAACCGAGGGCGCUGUUUGGACAGGCGGGCGAGGUCCUGAGGGCCCGGAGGAGAUGUUUUCCCUGUCGAGCACGGUGCAGCCGCAGGUUACAGUCCCUCUGAGUCAUCUCAUCAGUGCCUUCCAUUCACCCAAAAACACAUCUGUUUACGUCAAUACAUCAGCUUGUCAAAACCAGAAUCGAGAUGUAGCUCCAGAACACGAGACUGCAAGCAAUGAGCCUGUACUUAAUUUAAGGGACCUUGGAUUAUCUGAAUUAAAAAUUGGACAGAUUGACCAGCUGGUAGACAGUUUACUUCCUGGACUUUGUAGAGGCAGGAAUGUUUCUUCCCAUUGGCAUACAUCCCAUGUCUCUGCACAGUCCUUCUUUGAAAACAAGUAUGGUUACUUAGAUAUGUUUGGUACUUUGCGCUCCUCUUGCUUGUACGGACAACAUCCAAGAACUCUUAAAAGCAUUUGUUCAGAUCUUCAGUACUGGCCAGUGUUCAUACAGUCCCGGGGUUUUAAAACUUUGAAGUCAAGGACGCGGCGUCUGCAGUCCACUUCUGAAAGAUUGGCGGAAGCACAGCAUAUAACACCAUCAUUUGUGAAGGGGUUUCUUUUACGGGACAGAGGAUCGGACGUUGAGAAUUUGGACAAACUCAUGAAAACCAAAAACAUACCUGAAGCUCACCAAGAUGCAUUUAAAACUGGUUUUGCAGAGGGUUUUCUGAAAGCUCAAGCACUAACUCAGAAGACUAAUGAUUCUUUGAGGCGGACCCGGAUGGUUCUUUUUGUUCUUCUGCUACUUGGGAUCUACGGACUAUUAAAAAACCCAUUUUUAUCUGUUCGCUUCCGGACAACAACAGGGCUUGAUUCUGCAGUAGAUCCUGUUCAGAUGAAAAAUGUCACCUUUGAACAUGUUAAAGGAGUAGAGGAAGCCAAACAAGAAUUACAAGAAGUUGUUGAAUUCUUGAAAAGUCCACAAAAAUUCACAGUGCUUGGAGGUAAACUCCCAAAAGGAAUUCUUUUAGUUGGACCCCCAGGGACAGGGAAGACACUACUUGCCCGAGCUGUGGCUGGAGAAGCUGAUGUUCCUUUCUACUAUGCUUCUGGAUCAGAAUUUGAUGAGAUGUUUGUGGGCGUGGGAGCAAGCCGCAUAAGAAACCUUUUUAGGGAAGCAAAAGCAAAUGCACCUUGUGUUAUAUUUAUUGAUGAAUUAGAUUCUGUUGGUGGGAAGCGAAUUGAAUCUCCAAUGCAUCCAUAUUCAAGGCAGACUAUCAACCAACUUCUUGCUGAAAUGGAUGGAUUUAAGCCCAAUGAAGGAGUAAUCAUCAUAGGGGCCACAAACUUCCCCGAGGCAUUAGACAAUGCCUUAAUACGUCCUGGUCGUUUUGACAUGCAAGUUACCGUUCCAAGACCAGAUGUAAGAGGUCGAACAGAAAUUUUGAAGUGGUAUCUCAAUAAAAUAAAGUUUGAUCAGUCUGUUGAUCCAGAAAUCAUAGCUCGUGGCACUGUUGGCUUUUCUGGAGCAGAACUGGAGAAUCUUGUGAACCAAGCAGCAUUAAAGGCAGCAGUCGAUGGCAAAGAAAUGGUCACCAUGAAGGAGCUAGAAUUUUCCAAAGAUAAAAUUUUAAUGGGCCCUGAACGUAGAAGUGUGGAGAUUGAUAACAAAAACAAAACCAUUACAGCAUAUCACGAGUCUGGCCAUGCUAUCAUUGCUUAUUAUACUAAGGAUGCAAUGCCUAUCAACAAAGCUACAAUCAUGCCACGAGGACCAACACUUGGACAUGUCUCUCUGUUGCCUGAGAAUGACAGAUGGAAUGAAACGAGAGCUCAGCUGCUUGCACAGAUGGAUGUUAGUAUGGGAGGAAGAGUAGCAGAGGAGCUUGUAUUUGGAGCUGAUCAUAUUACAACAGGUGCUUCUAGUGACUUUGACAAUGCAACUAGAAUAGCAAAGCGGAUGGUUACCAAAUUUGGAAUGAGUGAAAAGCUUGGAGUUAUGACUUACAGUGAUACAGGGAAACUGAGUCCAGAAACUCAGUCUGCUAUUGAACAAGAAAUCAGAAUCCUUCUAAGGGACUCAUAUGAACGAGCAAAGCAUAUCUUGAAGACUCAUGCAAAAGAGCAUAAAAACCUAGCAGAAGCUUUAUUGACCUAUGAAACUUUGGAUGCCAAAGAAAUUCAAAUUGUUCUUGAGGGGAAGAAAUUGGAAGUGAGAUGAUAACUCUUUUGUAAGAGGCUUUGCUGGCUUUCUUGCAAGAAUAUCAGUAGCUUUGUGGUAGUUUUCUUUUGUGACGCUUUCUUUCCCCGUUGACAAGGUGUAUCACUCAAGUGUGUGAAAUGCUGUCAGUCUAUCACAUUUAUCCAACUUUCAUUAUUUUCAUGAUGACACCUCUUGCAAGUUAGCAAUCCACAGCAAAUGUGCUAAAUAAAGAACUAUCGGGAUUGAAAACAGCUUGUCUGAUAAAUGUCAAUCAGCCAAGAUUUUAUUGUUUGUUACUCUAUUAGAUGUGAAUAAAAUUGUGCCUUUAGUUCCUGGAAAGUAUUUUUACUUGCACAAGUAAGAUUGUUGAAGCAUUCAUUAUCUUUAUUUCUAGUUAUUAUUUUAUCUUUGAUACAGUGCAAUUUGACUGUUGGUAAACCAUACUUCAGCUCACAUCAGUGGAAACUUCACUGCUAUACAUUUAAUUACGUUACUGAUUGACGGUAUACAAAACAUUUUUGUAAGUCCUAAGAUUAGAAAAUUGUAAACAUGCAGAUUCAAUUGGAAUUUAAAUGACCAUCGCCUUUAAAAAUGAAACUUGAAUUUUUUUUUUCUUUUCAACACUGCUGCACUGGCUAAUGAUUUAUUUCAGAGUGGUAGCAUUUUGUUAAACAAGUAACAUCUCAAAUUCUGAAUGACUGUAAUUAUGCUUGUCAUUAAAGGUAAAAUUAGAUCAAAACCUAAGUCCCCUUUCAAGUGAACUUUUGAAUUACCCGGUGUUAGAAAUGGAAUCUUGUGUUUACUUCUUAUUCAGUAUUGUGAAUAUGAACAUGUUGUUACAGGAUUUACAGAUGAACUUAUUUAACUCAACAGAAAAAAAAUAUUUUAGAUCACACUGUAUUGGACUUGCAACCAAAUUAUAUACUUAAAAUGAUUUUAUUAAAAUUACCAGCAGUUUUCUAAUAA